CGGUUCUAGUGCGCUGGCACUGAGCUUGUGAUAGUCAUUCCAUGUUUUAAGCGAGUGAGUUUAAUCGGUUCUGUGUCACUGUCGCCUCACGCAAGGUACGUAGGUGUUGAAUGUUCCCACUCAUUUGAUCAGCAGUCUCUCGCGCGAAUCUGCUCUCGAGUUGGGACCGUACGUAGAUUGAAAAGACCUUCGCGCGACAGUCGUCGAGUUCGCGCGUUGAUAUUUAAUUGAAUGAAUUUUGAAAACUCCGCUUAGUUACGUCGGACUCGUGGAACAGUGAACAAGUGAUCUCUCUUCGGACUUGCCGUGGCGGCUCGCGCAGCUAGUACAGUGUACCUAUAGAAUUCCUCCUACUAAGAAGAUUGAGGAAAAAGUGAUACAUACUUUUAUGGCGUUUUUUGUGGUGUGACUGAAACGGAUUACCUCAUCAUAGCAAUCUGAGAAAAGUUGUGGGUGAAAAAAGGCAAUUAACCGAGGAGGCGGAGAAUAUUCUGAAUUGAUUAAGUGGUGCCUACUAGAUGCGAAUGCAUGCAAAGUGCUCAGCCAUCAAGUGAUUAAGUGAAUCGAAUAAUUGUAUAAAAGAGCACAAGUGACUGCCAAUUGAUUGUUCUCAUUAGUGUGAAAGUGUACUCAAGAUGGGGAUUAAGAAGCGUGAUGAACGGGAUAAGUUGAAGAGUCAGAGUCUGAUUGACUCGGAAAAAUCGGUUCAUUUUGUAACUGGUAGCACGGAUCAAAGUGUAACUGGGGCGGCUAAUACAGCAAAUGUGCAGCAGCAAGGUUCUUCCACGAUGUAUAGCAGCAGCAGCACUACGAGCAGUAGCAGUAAAAUGCAAACAGCCUCAUCCAGCUCAACCAGUAAAAGUGUGAUUGAACAUGUGGCAGGUAGUGGCGCACACGACAUGUCGCGAAAAAUGAGUGAAUCAAAGUCUAGCACAAGUGUUAAAGAAUCGCAACAGGGUCAUAAGUUUGGUGACUCGACAAGUCAGGCUGCCCAAAUCGGUUCGAAGCAAAUUGAUAAUAUAAUUCAAGAAAUCAAGUAUAUUGCCAGUGACACGGUUGAUUCAACAAAGCGUAUAUCGACCGUUCAAAAAAUCAGUGACAGUUCCAAAAGUGACAAGGAAUUACGCGAAGCCUUGACCAAUUUCGAUGAGGUAGCAAAAGCCACAAUAUCAGACAUUCAAGGAUCCACAAAAAGCCAUACCAGUGAAAACGUGAGUGUAUCGAAUGUACAAAAAAGCAUGUCCAGUAGCAAAAUGGUGCAAAGUAGCAGUGCCAGUUCCACAGUUAGCAGCAGUGCCAUAAAGCAGUCUUCGAUGAACAGUAGUGAAAAAAUAAUAAGUGAUCAAAGUUCUUCUAGUGCACAACAUUCAAGCAGUUCCAUGAUGAAGUCAAGUAACGUAAGCUCAUCGAAGACGCAAUCAUCGUCCACUUCUAAAUCAAUCCUGGAUUCUUCAACAUUCCUGUCGGAUAAUUCCGACGCAAACAUGUUAAAGGCAGAUUCCAUUUCAAAAGACACAAAACUGACUGUCGGAGGUCAGUCGAGGAGCUUUGGGGGUGAUCAUUCCAUUUUGCAACAGUCUAGCACUUUCCACGUAGAUGGUUCAGGAGGAAAACACUACGCCGACAGUCAAAGUUAUUCUAUGGCGGAGAAAAAUGCUCCUACAACAGAGAUUACGUAUGAUUCAGCCGGCAAUAAAAUCACAAGUACAAAAUCAUCGUCAAAGUCUGCCCAAGGGUUCACGACCUCAACAUUCCAGUCUAGUGGUGGAUCGUAUGCAGUACCUUCUGGUGGAAAUGUUAUUCAUACAACAUCUACAGGUCACGAUUCAGACCAUAUCACGUCCUCGACGCAUAUGUCUACAUCGGCAGCCGAUCAGAGGUUCUCAUCGAGUUCCACCAAAUCAUCCAACAUUAAUCAAAACACCAAACUAAAGAGUUCUGUUAUUGAUUCCACCUCCCUCGAGAACUAUAAAAUCCAAGAUUCUAGUCAGAAUGUUGGUGGCAAUAUGCUGACUAAAGACGUCUCGGCGCACACCAUCACCAGUCUGUCAUCUGCACAUGAUUCCUUGGGAAAUACGAUUCAGAGUUCACAGCUUGCAACCGAAUCAAUCCAAGACACUUCCUCACACCAGAAGCAACAUGCGGAAACGACCAAAACGUACGAAAGCUCUUCCCAUUUCGAGAAAAUGGACGAGAAAAGUAGUUCUCGCAAGAAGGUCACCGAUUAUUACGAGCAGCGCGAAUCCAACGCUGCCAUUUUAAAGCGCAAGACCUAUGACGAAAAAGUAAGGCGACUGAAUCUAAUCGACCAAAAGAUCGUUCCCAAGGACGUGAUUAUCCAGGACAUUGAGGAUGACGUAACGAAUGUCACGAAAACAUCUUUCGAAGCGAAACUGUUUAAUCCGAAAACGAAGCGUUGGGAGCUGGUCGAUCAGAAGACCAUCCUCGAGAAGGACAUCACCGUGGCCAUUCCGGAGGAAAUCGUCCACGAACUCGAGGUGGAACGUCCCGAGUUGGCGAAUAUUACAACGACGAUUCAGCUGACCAAGGUCUACGAUGCGAAAACUAAGCAAUGGACGACAGUAGAUCAGAAAAAACACACAGAUGUGCUGGAAAAGAUCAGUUACCUUGAGGAAAGCAGCGGACGCACCGAGUUGAACGAGUCUGAGCGGGUUAAGAACCUGCAGUCUAUUGAUACAGUUGACAAAACCAUCAUCAAAGACAGAAGUGAUCUUAGCAAAUUGAAUCGGCAAACCGAGAAAGUCGUCAAGGAGCAAUGCAUCUGUGAGAUCUGUACCUGUGGUCGUCACAAUUGCUUCAACUGCGGCAGUAGUACAACACAGAAGACGUCCUCGUCGAAGUUUGCCACAGUCAGUACGACAGAAAACUUCUAUCAGCAAGAAUCUUCUCAACUUAAUGAAGAAAGCACCUUUGUUCGGCGCCGAACUUGGACGAAGGAAGACGCCGAUGAAUAUUUGAGUCGCAAGGAAGCUUCAACCAUCGAACGAAGCAGUACUGAACAGAACGUGUCCAACCGUAGGCUAACAUGGACUAAGGAGGACUUCGAAAACGUGGACAUUUCAAGACUGAAAGAAUCAACGAUUGUGACUGAAAGGCAGAAACCCAUUCGGCACGAAGAUAAUCUAAGACCUGAGGGUGAUUUUAUACGGCCGGAAAAACCAUCGUUUCAGCCUGCGGAGAGACCAAAACAGAUUCGCCCGGAAGAUAAUCUGCGCCCAGAAGGACCAUUUGAGUCUCCGGAAAAGCCUAGAUAUCAACCAGGUGAAAGGCAGAAACCAAUCCGUCAUGGUGAUAAUUUACGCCCUGAAGGAGACUUCGAGCGACCGGAAAAGACACCAUUCCGACCUGCUGAGCGCCCCAAGCAAAUUCGUCCUGAAGACAAUUUGAGACCUGAAGGAACAUUCGAGUCACCCGAGAAACCUAAAUACCAACCAGGUGAGAGGCAGAAACCGAUUCGUUAUGAUGACAAUUUGAGACCAGAAGGCGACUUUGAGCGGCCGGAAAAAUCUCCAUUUCGACCAGCUGAGCGACCGAAACAGGUUCGUCCGGAGGAUAAUCUUAGACCAGAAGGCGCAUUCGAAUCACCUGAGAAACCUAAAUAUCAACCAGGUGAGAGACAAAAGCCUAUUCGGCAUGAUGAUAACCUUCGUCCAGAAGGAGACUUUGAGCGUCCAGAGAAAGCACCUUUCCGUCCAGCUGAACGUCCGAAACAGGUUCGCCCAGAAGACAAUCUGAGACCAGAAGGCGGCUUUGAACGUCCAGAAAAAGCACCAUUCCGGCCCGCGGAACGUCCAAAACAGGUUCGUCCAGAAGACAACCUGAGACCAGAGGGAGCAUUUGAAUCUCCCGAGAAACCAAAAUAUCAGCCAGGCGAGAGACAGAAACCCAUCCGCCAUGACGAUAACCUUCGUCCAGAAGGAGACUUUGAACGUCCCGAAAAAGCUUCGUUCCGACCUGCAGAGCGUCCUAAACAAAUACGUCCAGAGGACAACCUCAGACCAGAAGGGGCCUUUGAAUCACCGGAGAAACCUAAAUAUCAGCCUGGUGAGAGACAGAAGCCUAUCCGUCAUGAUGAUAACCUACGUCCUGAAGGUGAUUUUGAGCGUCCAGAGAAGGCUCCAUUCCGACCUGCUGAGCGUCCAAAACAGGUUCGUCCAGAGGACAAUCUAAGACCAGAAGGAGCAUUUGAAUCUCCCGAGAAACCCAAAUAUCAGCCUGGCGAGAGACAGAAACCCAUCCGCCAUGACGAUAACCUUCGUCCAGAAGGAGACUUUGAACGUCCCGAAAAAGCUUCGUUCCGACCUGCAGAGCGUCCUAAACAAAUACGUCCAGAGGACAACCUCAGACCAGAAGGGGCCUUUGAAUCACCGGAGAAACCUAAAUAUCAGCCUGGUGAGAGACAGAAGCCUAUCCGUCAUGAUGAUAACCUACGUCCUGAAGGUGAUUUUGAGCGUCCAGAGAAGGCUCCAUUCCGACCUGCUGAGCGUCCAAAACAGGUUCGUCCAGAGGACAAUCUAAGACCAGAAGGAGCAUUUGAAUCUCCCGAGAAACCCAAAUAUCAGCCUGGCGAGAGACAGAAACCCAUCCGCCAUGACGAUAACCUUCGUCCAGAAGGAGACUUUGAACGACCUGAGAAGGCUCCAUUCCGGCCUGCUGAACGUCCGAAACAGGUUCGUCCGGAGGACAAUCUGAGACCAGAAGGGGCCUUUGAAUCACCGGAGAAACCCAAAUAUCAGCCUGGUGAGAGACAGAAACCCAUCCGUCAUGAUGAUAACCUACGUCCUGAAGGUGAUUUUGAGCGUCCAGAGAAGGCUCCAUUCCGACCUGCUGAGCGUCCAAAACAGGUUCGUCCAGAGGACAAUCUAAGACCAGAAGGAGCAUUUGAAUCUCCCGAGAAACCAAAAUAUCAGCCAGGCGAGAGACAGAAACCCAUCCGCCAUGACGAUAACCUUCGUCCAGAAGGAGACUUUGAACGACCUGAGAAGGCUCCAUUCCGGCCUGCUGAACGUCCGAAACAGGUUCGUCCGGAGGACAAUCUGAGACCAGAAGGGGCCUUUGAAUCACCGGAGAAACCCAAAUAUCAGCCUGGUGAGAGACAGAAACCCAUCCGUCAUGAUGAUAACCUACGUCCUGAAGGUGAUUUUGAGCGUCCAGAGAAGGCUCCAUUCCGACCUGCUGAGCGCCCAAAACAGGUUCGUCCAGAGGAUAAUCUAAGACCAGAAGGAGCAUUUGAAUCUCCCGAGAAACCAAAAUAUCAGCCAGGCGAGAGACAGAAACCCAUCCGCCAUGACGAUAACCUUCGUCCAGAAGGAGACUUUGAACGACCUGAGAAGGCUCCAUUGCGGCCUGCUGAACGUCCGAAACAGGUUCGCCCGGAGGACAAUCUGAGACCAGAAGGGGCCUUUGAAUCACCGGAGAAACCCAAAUAUCAGCCUGGUGAGAGACAGAAACCCAUCCGUCAUGAUGAUAACCUACGUCCUGAAGGUGAUUUUGAGCGUCCAGAGAAGGCUCCAUUCCGACCUGCUGAGCGCCCAAAACAGGUUCGUCCAGAAGACAAUCUAAGACCAGAAGGAGCAUUUGAAUCUCCCGAGAAACCAAAAUAUCAGCCAGGAGAAAGACAAAAGCCAAUUCGUCAUGACGAUAACCUGCGCCCUGAGGGUGAUUUUGAGCGUCCUGAGAAGGCUCCAUUCCGUCCUGCUGAACGUCCGAAACAGGUUCGUCCAGAGGACAACCUGAGACCAGAAGGAGCCUUUGAAUCACCGGAGAAACCCAAAUAUCAGCCUGGUGAGAGACAGAAACCCAUCCGUCAUGAUGAUAACCUACGUCCUGAAGGUGAUUUUGAGCGUCCAGAGAAGGCUCCAUUCCGACCUGCAGAGCGUCCAAAACAGGUUCGUCCAGAGGACAAUCUAAGACCAGAAGGAGCAUUUGAAUCUCCCGAGAAACCAAAAUAUCAGCCAGGAGAAAGACAAAAGCCAAUUCGUCAUGACGAUAACCUGCGCCCUGAGGGUGAUUUUGAGCGUCCUGAGAAGGCUCCAUUCCGUCCUGCUGAACGUCCGAAACAGGUUCGUCCAGAGGACAACCUGAGACCAGAAGGAGCCUUUGAAUCACCGGAGAAACCCAAAUAUCAGCCUGGUGAGAGACAGAAACCCAUCCGUCAUGAUGAUAACCUACGUCCUGAAGGUGAUUUUGAGCGUCCAGAGAAGGCUCCAUUCCGACCUGCAGAGCGUCCAAAACAGGUUCGUCCAGACGACAACUUGAGACCAGAAGGAGCCUUUGAAUCGCCGGAGAAACCCAAAUAUCAGCCUGGUGAGAGACAGAAACCCAUCCGUCAUGAUGACAACCUACGUCCAGAAGGAGACUUUGAACGACCUGAAAAGGCUCCAUUCCGACCUGCUGAACGUCCCAAACAGGUUCGUCCAGAGGAUAAUCUGAGACCAGAAGGAGCAUUUGAGUCACCAGAGAAGCCCCAGUACCGCCCAGCGGAGAGACCAAAACAAGUUCGACCACAAGAUAAUUUGCGGCCGGAAGGUGAAUUUGAACGUCCACAGCCCAUUGUCGUCGGAAAAGUUGACAGAUCUCAAAUUGUAAGACAUGAGGAUAAUUUGCAUUUGGAAGGAGUGUUUGAGAGAACUGAGAAGACUGUCUACAUUGCCGGAGAACGUCCUAAGCCGAUAAAACAUGAUGAUAAUCUUAGGCCAGAAGGUGAGUUUGUCACUCCAGAAAAACCUCAAUACAAACCAGCUGAGCGACCAAAACAGAUUAGACCUCAAGAUAAUCUCUAUCCUGAAGGAGACUUUGAACGUCCUAAGCAACCAACGGCAAUUGGAAAAGUAGAUCGUGCGCAAAUCGUGAGACAUGAGGACAAUUUGCAUAUGGAAGGCACUUUCGAGCGAACAGAAAAGCAUGUUUACGUAGCAGGUGAGAGGCCUAAGCCGAUAAAACAUGAUGAUAACCUUAGACCGGAAGGUGAUUUCACCACACCCGAGAAAACACAAUACCGACCUGCGGAGAGGCCGAAGCAAGUUCGUCCUGAAGACAAUUUGAAACCUGAAGGAGCAUUUGAGCGUCCUGAGAAACCCGAUUUUAAACCAGCUGAAAGGCCGAAACAAGUACGGCCUCAAGAUAAUUUACGUCCUGAAGGUGAAUUCGAACGCCCACAGCCAGUGGCUAUUGGUAAGGUCGAACGGUCACAAAUUGUUCGCCACGAGGACAACUUACAUUUGGAAGGAACGUUUGAACGUACAGAAAAAACUGUGUACAUUGCUGGUGAACGACCAAAACCAAUCAAACCUGAUGAUAAUCUCAGACCAGAAGGGGACUUCACCACACCUGAAAAGAUUGAAUUCCGGCCAGCAGAACGACCAAAGCAGGUGAUUCCCAAAGAUAAUCUCAAACCUGAGGGAUCGUUUGAAUCGCCAGAAAAGCCAAGAUAUCAACCUGGUGAAAGGCAGAAACCGAUUCGUCAUGAUGAUAAUCUUCGUCCUGAAGGAGAUUUUGAGCGUCCUGAAAAGGCUCCAUUCCGGCCUGCUGAGCGCCCAAAACAGGUUCGACCACUAGAUAAUCUGAAACCUGAAGGGACAUUUGACUCACCCGAGAAACCGCAAUAUCUACCUGGUGAAAGACAGAAACCCAUCCGUCAUGGCGAUAACCUCAGACCAGAAGGAGAUUUUGAACGUCCAGAAAAGGCUCCAUUCCGACCUGCUGAGCGUCCGAAACAGGUUCGCCCAGAGGACAACCUGAGACCAGAAGGAAUAUUUGAGUCGCCCGAGAAACCCAAAUAUCAGCCUGGUGAGAGACAGAAGCCUAUUCGUCAUGAUGAUAAUCUCCGCCCAGAAGGAGACUUUGAACGUCCCGAGAAGGCUCCAUUCCGUCCUGCUGAACGUCCGAAACAGGUUCGCCCAGAGGACAACCUGAGACCAGAAGGAGCAUUCGAAUCACCCGAAAAACCCAAGUAUCAGCCGGGUGAGAGACCGAAACCUAUUCGUCAUGGUGACAAUCUCAAGUCAGAAGGAGACUUUGAACGUCCUGAAAAAUCACCCUUCAGGCCUGCUGAACGUCCAAAACAGGUCCGCCCAGAAGACAAUUUGAGACCAGAAGGUUCAUUUGAAUCACCUGAGAAACCAAAGUAUCAACCAGGUGAAAGACAAAAACCUAUUCGUCACGGGGAUAACCUUCGCCCUGAAGGAGAUUUUGAGCGUCCUGAGAAGUCUCCGUUUAGACCUGCUGAUCGCCCGAAACAAGUACGCCCUGAGGACAAUCUGAGGCCAGAAGGAACGUUCGAAACUCCAGAAAAGCCAAAAUACCUACCUGGUGAAAGACAGAAACCCAUUCGACACGGAGACAACCUACGCCCUGAAGGGGACUUUGAACGUCCAGAGAAGACACAAUUUAAACCUGCUGAACGUCCUAAACAGGUUCGUCCUGAGGAUAAUCUGAAACCGGAAGGUUCAUUCCAAGUACCGGAAAAACCAAAAUAUCAGCCUGGUGAAAGACAAAAACCCAUUCGGCACGGAGAUAACCUCAGACCAGAAGGGGAGUUCGAAAGGCCUGUUGAAAAACCUGGUUUUCAACCAGUCGAGCGACCUAAACAAGUUAAGCCUCAUGAUAAUCUUCAUAUCGAAGGUGAAUUCCACUCGUUGAAACAAUACAAGGAACAAAAACAACGUAAGGAAGCUGAAAUUAAGGAAGUGCACGAAAACGGUAUUUUGGACGGAGCUGUAAUGGUAACGACUCAAACGGUGACAACGAUCCUCAAAGGUGAUAAACCAAAAGCAUCAGGAAAGAAAAUAACCACAUUGGAAUCGGAAGACAACACCAGCCGGUCUCAAGCAUCUGAACGACAUCAAAAUCAAAUCACAUCAUCGACGUCACAAAUUCAUCAACAUGAUGUGAACCGGAAAUCUGUAGCACAGAACGUCAUUGAUUCGAGAACAAUUCAAAAUGUUGACGAGCAAUCAACAUCUAGAAACAUUCAAGAACGCAUCCAUAGCGGUGUGUCACAAGCCUCUUCGACUACAGAAGUUACUUCAGCACGUACUCAAUCAAUGAAAAACAUAAUCCAGGGAACGGACACAACACAUCAUGUAACUAGCAAAACUUCCAGAUCGUCUACCUCAGGCCAGCACAUCAUUCAAUCCACAGAUGGAAUGAUUGAUGGUCCUCAUGGGCAAAGACCUCUUGAGCCAAAUGCUACUUCGCAAUCUAUGAGAACGGUAAUGCAAGGUUCCGAUAUCCAACAAAAACGUAUGUCUUCACAACACAUUACUACGAGUAAAACAUCCAAAUCAUCGGCUCAUUCAACGUCCUCUACAAAUCAGCAAGUUAUUCAUUCGUCGGGUGGAUGGAUUCAAGACGCGCAUAGUCCACAUGAACCGCAGGGGCAUCCCUCCCUGAGAGCUGGUAUGGCGGAAUCCGACGUUCAACACCAUACAUCUAGUAAGACGUCGAGAACAUCCGGUCAAACAACGUCCUCUGCAAGCCAACAUGUUGUCCAUUCAUCAGUUGAUCUCCAAGGAAUACCGAUGAGUCAUGGACCGCAUGUAACAUCACAAGAACGCCACUCGGGUUCAAGUGUCUCUUCCGCGAGUCAGCGUGUGGUUAUCGAUGGACAAGUGGUCACGGACAAGGCAGUCACUCAGCAUUCAGGGCUCGAGAAGGUCGUCGAGGACGGAGUGGUAAAAGUCGAUAAAUCGUUCAAUGAGAAACGAUCAUCUGGAUUCGAUGGGCAAGCUGCGUUACAUGGCCAUGAAUCCGCGAAAACAGUUACAGGUAAAGGACGUUCAACGAAUAACAUAGUUCACGGUUUGAAUGGUGUUGACAAAGGUGGUAAAACCGUUGAUAGCGGUACUACUCAAGUGCAGGUAAAGAAGUUGGUUGGUGGCAAGUGGGUUACCAGAACAGUAACAGAAAGGGUGUCUGAUGCGCAUGACGUCCAAUCAGACAAACAAGUACGCAGCACAGUUUCCAAACAGGAACAUUCCGUUGCGAAAACUUCCUCUAGUAGUAACAUUAGUCAGCAUUCCAGUAGUAGUCAAAGCACGAAGCUAGUGGGAGGAAAGUUGGUACAUGUCAAAGAUUCUUCUGACACUAAAGUUGAUAAUGUUCAGAAAUCUGGUCGAAAUCAACAACGUGGUAGCUCUAGUAUCAUCCUUGGAGAAGAAACGUCUAGUACUGGUAAGCAAUCAACGACGUCAAAGAUAAUUGGCGGGAAACUAGUACAUGUAUCACCCAACGAAGGAAAGGGCUCCAACAUGGUUUCAACUGUCAAUGGCGCUCACAGCAAGUCUUCUAACAUCAUAACACAUUCUGAAUCGACAUCUUCGAUGAUGAAAUCGUCAAAAACAGAAAGCAGCGAGUCGAAACGAACAGAGUCGAAAUCAUCCUCACAGGUCAUAUCUCAAGACUCCAGUACUGGAUCUGACAAACAUUUUAACCGGAAGAGUACAUUCUCAUCCGAAAAUGCUGGCAAUUCUAUUCUAUGUCGACAACAGCAGUCCAAUGUACAGCCAGCCAAUGCGAGUAGCAUGAGUGUUUCCGGAUCAAUCCAGCGAAAGAGUAUUUCCAAUCUAAACGACAGUGCAAUGUAUUCUACAACGAAUCGAACCAGUUACAGCUCUCUUCAUCGUCGGGAGAAGGAAUCUGCCGACUCUCGAAUGCAGAAUUAUUUGAAAACAUUGGAAUCGGGAACGAUCACAUCUCGCACCAAGCUGCAGCCCUGUCCGCCGCCUACACUGAACACAUCGACCAAUGUAACGACGAGCAGUAGCUCCAUCGGUCAACAUUCCAGCAGUACGCAACAAACCAAAGUGCUGCGUGACUACCAUGCUGCACUGAAUACGACAAAAAGUUCAACAAAAUCCAACGCGUCCAGCAUUUCGUUUGGCGAUGACAACAAAUUCCACGGCACAAGCUCAUACAAAAUGCAGUACGUGCAACAGAAUGAUGGACGCUGCCCUGCCCAUGCCAUCAACGAUAACCUUAAGAUUUCGAAAGUAACCAAGCAGCACACCUACUACAUGCAUGAUAGAAGAUGAUCGCAAUGACUGUCCUUAUCGAAAAAAAAAUAGCUAUCGCAGUAAUAGCAGCUUGUUGAUGCCUACUUUACGCAAAAAGUGAAUAAAUUUGAUGAAAAAAAGCUUCAUUGCUAUAUUUUUUUUAUUCGUUACACUAAUAUUAUUCAUAUCUAUUAUAUGGCUUUGCUUGAAAUGCAAUAAACAAAUUAUACAAG